UCGGUUCUGCUUCCACGAGCUUGUCUCGGUCUGCAUUAGGGAGCUGAAUGGCACAACGCACCUCCUUUUUCUUCUUCCUCUGCAGCCAUUCGUUUGGCGUUUAGUACGUACCGGUACCGGUACCGGUACCGGUAUACGUACAGUAGCUGGAUGAAUCAAUCCGCAUACAGGAUAGGAUUUGUCCCUCAUCCAGCCAUCUGGGAUACGGCUGGAGCGAGAUCUAGUUAGAAAAGGCCCGAAGAUACCCAUUGAUUGUUAUGUUCCUUUCAUUAAACGAGGGCUGGAUACACCAUCUGGUGAGAUAUCUCGUCUCUGAUUAGUCCAUCUUCAAUCUUAUUAUCACCAAUCUGGCGAGGGGAUCUGGCGAGGGGAUCUGGUGAAGUAAAUAUCCACUCCAAGAUAGGAACCUGGUCACCUCCCAAUGGAUAUAAACUGAGAAAGAACAGAGAAACCCAGGAUCCAAAGAUUUAUGCGAUCGUCCAGUAUCUGGUAUCCAAUGGACGCAUGCUUCCCGCCUAAGUAUCAUUACGGAAUUUAGGCAAGGAUUUUAAAUCGGUUAGACGCCUCUUAAGCCAAAAUCGUGUGUGACCACCGAGCAACGUCAAUUGGAUGGGCGGUUCUCGGGGGAGUUGCGUAGUUACGCUCGGGUCCUGGUGAAAUACCGCCUUUUUAUACCACAGCACGGUGUCAGUUCGGAGCAGCAUGCCACAAAGCAUGUGUCCUCCCUACUCUGUUGACCGAGGGAAGCCAAAGAAGCAAAGAGAUCCUGGGUUUUAGGAGCUUUAGCUCUCACUUUAGAGUUGAUAUUGGCUUCUCCUUCCGUCAAUCUUUCUCUCCAUGAGACAGAAGGGAUCACCUCACAACCCUACCUUCUAGUAGUGGCAAGGCAUGAUCAGAUAACAGAGUCUCAUCCACGCAGCGGCGCCACACUCGCAGCUGUGCUCUAGCUUUUCUUGUUUUAGUUAGUGUGGUAUAUACCCAAGUAACGAUGUUGGACGAUUGUGAGAAAGAGGAAACGAUGCUUCUCGUUAUGGUCGAUGAGAUCCCCUCGGAUUGUGGUCGUCGUAGUACCGGCAGUCGAAAGCGGCGUCGACCUACCCUUUUAACACAGCGGACUUGUCCCCUGUCAGACGAGGAAGAAGAUGAUGAUGGUGAUGUCUUGUCCCUGAAUGUGGUUGCGAUCAGUGAUGUGACCAGUGAAGAAGACGAUAUUAGUUCGACGAUCGUAGAGGAAGAAGAUACCAGUAGUGGAUCCAUGAUGUCACUCAUGGAUUUGUCGGUGGAGAAUGCCUUUCGGAGCAACAGUUGUCAGCUGUUGUCUCUGUUGGAACAGAAUCACAAGGCCCUCUAUUCUUUGCUACAAGAAGAAGAGGAAGAUGAUGUUUUGUUCCAGAACUGUUUGGAAGAACCUCAAGAAGAUACCCAUGAUGUGGGCUUCCCAUUAUCAGUGGCACCUCAUGCUACUGCUACCCCCAAAGCAGAAUGUUGGAAGGACUCUCUAGAUUUUGAACUCCAACACUCGGUUCCCGGUGUAAUGGCCUUGGCCUUGUACUGUGCGGCCCAUGCGUCUACCUAUGAACUCAUCAGUAAUCUGGCCUACGAAGCUGUUGAACCCGAGUUGGAUGGUUUCAACAAGGGCUAUCUGUACGGUCCUCUUUUGAUACUGGGAUGUCUCUUGAGCCGAUAUUGUGGCUUGGUCUGGGACUUUGUCAGUCCCAUGGCCUAUCGCCGCGUCAAGUGGAUCUAUCACAACCGCGUUCGCUGUGGUUCCACAGAUGCCAAGGCGCUCCACUGGUUGCAGCAACAAGGUGAAGUGGCCCUGGGAUGUGUCCAAAUUGUGGCAUAUUACAUGUGCUACAUUGGUGUCGUCUUUUUCGUUGGAGAAUUGGCCGGUCUGUGCGAUCAACGAGACGAAAUCUUGGCCGGUAUGCCCAGUAGUCGAUACGAAGAAAGCUUAUCGGCCAACUACAGUUCCACCAGCAACCACACCUUCUUGUACAUGUGUCCUGCCGAGGACAUGUCACCCCAGGGCUUGUUUGGCCCUACCAACGCUACAGCUCACCAGUGGGAUCCCCUCGCCUGUAACUACGAGAUGGGAGUCAUCGUGGAGAGUUUUGGGUCCGAGGAUGAUCUGUACUUUUUCGACAGCCUCUCCCGAAACUCCUACGACCACUUCUUUGGUCAGUAUUACGAAGCUCCCCUGUUUGAUUCCGUGCACCACAUACUCUUUUAUGCCGGUGUGGCCUUGAUUGCCAUGGUGGCAUUGAAGAAGGGUCUGGGAUAUUCCUUCUGGGCGGGGUGGUAAUCGGAUCUUUCUGGGUGUUCAGAGAAUGAUGAAAGGAGCGAGAGCAUUGACACAUAUCAUGCAUGGUGCAUUUCACUACUACCAUAACGGUUCAUAACAAAACAUAAAAUCACAUACACAUAACUGACUUCGCAACGUA